AUGGAUCCCGCUCAACCCCCCCAAGCUGGCCGAAGCCAGGCUAUGCUUUUCGCCGCAGGCGUCCCGGACAAGGAUGCCAUGGCCAAAAGCCCCCACGUUGGCGUUGCUUCCGUUUGGUGGGAGGGCAACCCAUGUAAUAUGCAUUUGAUGGACCUGGGGAAGACCGUCAAGAAGUCUGUGUCGGAGAGGGGUAUGAUUGGGUGGCAGUACAACACCAUUGGCGUGUCAGAUGCUAUUACCAUGGGUAGUGACGGUAUGAGAUUCUCCCUGCAGACCCGUGAAAUCAUUGCCGACAGCGUGGAGACCGUCACCUGCGCCCAAUACCACGACGCCUGUAUCGCGAUUCCCGGCUGCGACAAGAAUAUGCCGGGUGUCGUCAUGGGCAUGGCCCGUCACAACCGUCCAUCUAUCAUGAUCUACGGCGGAACCAUUGGUAUUGGAUAUUCAGAACACCUUCGUAAACCCGUCAACAUCUCCACCUGCUUCGAGGCAGCCGGCGCCUAUGCCUAUAAUACACUCCGCCAGCCCGACGACGGCGGCGACACCAGCAAGACCCAAGAUGAGAUCAUGGAUGACCUCGAGAAACACGCCUGUCCCGGCGCCGGAGCAUGCGGCGGCAUGUUCACAGCCAACACCAUGGCCACAGCCAUCGAGUCAAUGGGUCUCUCUCUACCCGGCUCCUCCUCAACCCCAGCUGAAUCCCCAUCCAAGAUGCGCGAGUGCGUCCGGGCCGCAGAUGCCAUUAAGAUCUGUCUCGAGAAGAACAUCAAACCGCGCGAUCUCCUCACAAAACGAUCCUUCGAGAACGCCCUCGUCAUGACCAUGGCGCUGGGCGGCAGCACCAACGGCGUCCUACAUUUCCUCGCCAUGGCCCGCACAGCCGACGUCGACUUAACCCUCGACGAUUUUCAGCGCGUCAGCAAUAAAAUCCCCUUCAUCGCCAAUCUCUCCCCGAGCGGGAAGUACUACAUGGCCGACCUGUACGAGAUCGGCGGUAUUCCCUCGGUCCAGAAACUCCUCAUUGCCGCGGGUCUCUUGGACGGAGACAUCCCCACCGUAACCGGCAAAACACUACGCGAGAACGUAGAAUCCUGGCCCUCCCUCCCAACAGAACAAACUCUCAUCCGACCCCUCACAAACCCCAUCAAGGAGACCGGCCACAUCCAAAUUCUCCGCGGCAACCUCGCACCGGGUGGUGCGGUCGCCAAAAUCACCGGUAAAGAGGGUCUCAGCUUCACAGGUAAAGCGCGCGUCUUCAAUAAGGAGCGUCAGCUCAAUGACGCGCUGAGCGAGGGCAAGAUCCCGCGCGGCGAGAACCUGGUUCUUAUCGUGCGGUAUGAGGGACCGAAGGGUGGACCCGGUAUGCCGGAGCAAUUGAAGGCCAGUGCCGCGCUGAUGGGGGCGAAAUUGAACAAUAUUGCGCUUAUUACGGAUGGACGGUACUCGGGUGCUAGUCACGGAUUCAUUGUUGGUCAUAUCACACCUGAGGCGGCGGUUGGUGGGCCGAUUGGACUUGUUCAGGAUGGGGAUGUGGUUACUAUUGAUGCGAAGACGAAUUCUUUGUCGAUGGAUGUUUCGGAUGAAGAGCUUGCUGAGCGGAGAAGGUUGUGGACGCCCCCCUGUGCCACAGAUUACUCGGGGUGUGUUGGCUAA